UGUCAACAUUUGCUUUGAAUCAGCAGUUUUGGGGAUAGUUUCUCGGAAUAUAACUGGAUAUUUCAAUCGCCAUUGCGAUUUUAAGGAAGCAUUUUCACAUUAUUUGAUCAGCAAGAAUUGGACUGUGGCGGAAAGGAAAACUGAGGCCUACUGGCUUCCUCAAGAGUCGUUCCUUGGCGGCUAGUACAGGUAUGAAAUACCCUUUAUUCAGUAUAUUUCCUUUGCGUUUGCCUUAAGAGGAUGAGUACAAAUCAGGAAUGAACAACAGGUACACGUAUGUCGGAAAGACAUCAGCUUCCCAUUUUGCUUCACUGAAAUGAUCGGACUGAUCGGCUUCGCCUUACUUUUGAUUUUGUUUUCCAGCAUCCUCGUUUAAAUACUGCCGGCGUUUAGGACUGAUGUGCUUGUCUUUCUGCAUUUUAAAAUCGAUUAAUAACCUUAAAAUUGAUUCUAUCGAGUCUUUUAUUCCACAGUGACGAGAAUUUCCUUUGUUUUGAAAAGGUAUUCUUAAUAAUCUAUUAUACAGCCUUUGUGCAGAACACUCGAUGAGCUCAAGAAAUAUUACGCACAAGGUUACAUGUGGUAAAAUUAUGUUGUGUCGCGUAUUUAGAGCCUUUUCCUUGAACAUCACUACGCAGAUGCCUUUUCUCUAUUGUUUUUCUCUCGCUUGUCUUCACAAAUCUGUUUUGUUGCUUUAUAUUUUAACAUGUCGCCACUGCUUUGUUCUACUUUAACUGGACCCCGACUGGGCCAUAGGGAAGCAAAGUAUAUUAAUCUGGGGUACUGUGUAAACUUAUAAGAUCUUCCUCGGGUUAUUCUGCAUCACUACUAUCCAUAGCAGUCGACAUAAACAAGUUCAGCAACAGAACAAAUUAAGAAAUAUUCAGUAUUAUAAUAUUCGCUCCAUGGUUUAGUGAGUGUGUGACUGAAUCAUUUCAUAGUCGAUCAUGCCAUGAAAAGCUAUGUGGAGACUGCCAUGAAUUACUUGCCCUUUGGAGGGAGCAGCUUCUCAAUUUUCACUGCCAAAUAAGGUCAAAUACAACUAUAACAUACCACCAUCAUGCACGCUCUGUUCGCGUGCAGAACUGAACUUUUGACUGCAAACUGCUUCGUUCUUUGACACUGUAAUUUAUUCAGCAAACUUGAUGUACUUAUCUGUCAUGUUGUAUUUUAAAUGACAUUUACUUCUGUUUUGUUUUUAGCCUACAGUUUAUUGGAUCUUAUUUUAUGGGAGGCCAUAUCAUUCAAAAGUGGUACGAAUGCUCGAUUGAUGAUCAAAAUCACGAUCGCUAUCGGAUUGAGUUCUUCGAUCGGUCGUCGAGAAUGAAGAUAUUUAUGGUUGAGAUUAUCGAUUGAUUGAUUAAUGAGAACCACGAUCGCCAUUAUCAAAACAGGGUUUUUAUACUCGAAACACAAUCGCUGUGGUCGAAAGAAAGAUCGGUAAUGAGCUCUGAAGAUCUAAAGGACUGAAAAGAAGAGGCGUCGAUUGGGGAUGCAGAAUGUCAAAUGCAACGAUUGAAGUUAUCGAUUUUCGCGAAUAACUCAAUCAAAGCGAUCGUGAUCUUGAUCAUAAAUCGAGCAUUCGUACGACUUUUGAAUGAUAUGGCCUCCCAUAUUAUUUGAUACAUACACAAUUGGUGAUUCUGGUAUUUUAAGCAGUCUGAUUGGUUUAAUUUGCAAUUGGUUAACCUUCCCACACAAAGUUUUGAUUUUUGGUUUUCCAAUUCAUUUGUAUAGUUAAUAUUAUCGCUGAUGUAACAUUCACAAUCUUUUUCAAGGCUAAGCGGUACGAUAUACUGCUAUAAGCAUGCAAGUAAACGAGAAAAGAAAAAUCUCCUGGCAGAAGCAGAAAGGCUCUUGGGUAGGGAGGGAGAAGCGUUGCGUGACGACACUAAAAACGGUUGUGUAGCAGUGUAGGGUUUACAAAUGUAGCAGGAAACUCCAAUUUUUCCACUAAGUUAGCGAUUUCAUGCAAAGGGCUCCAAAUUUCCUCUCGGAUGGACGAGUAAUUUAGAACUCUGAUGAUUCCUUUUGUACUACUGUCUGUCAUUUCAGCCGCAGAUGCUGUGUAGUUAUUCCCCAAGAGCAGAGGAGAGGAUCAACCCACUGAGUGUAAAGUUUAUUCAGCUAAUUUCUUACUCUACGGAUAAACGUUUGUCGAUACAGCACAAUGGCUUCCAACAAAGGCAAAGGGAAAAAGUCUUUCAAUAAACGCAAUAGGGAUUCUAAUGGUAGGUGAUAGGUUAUCAUAUCAGCUAUCAUAUAUAGUGCUUAUACAAACCAGGGGGACAGCGUGAGAUUUGAAAGUUGUACGCAAGCGGAGGAGAAGAGAAGUUCUAGCGACGAAGGCGGCCUAACCUAGGGGUGACUAGGGCAUGCUCCCCCCGAAAAUGUUUCAAUUUAAGGUCUCAGAAAUACCCUUCCAGCGGUUUUCUAGAGACAUUUUCAGUAAAUUAAUAAGCAGGAAAAUGCAGUAGUUAGUUGUUUGUUUUACCCAUCUCUCAUGUUCUUGGUAAGGUACAGUGUUUAAAGAAAAAAAAGGCCAGUGACCUCAUCAGAAUUAUGGAAUAAUAAACAGUAAAAGAGAUACCGUAUUCCCUCGAAUAAUAGCCGUCCCUCCACUAAUCGCCUCCCUCGAAUAAUCGAACCUCCCCCCCCCCCCCACAAAUGUCCAGUGCUGGCCACAAGAUCCCUACUUUCCUUUUUCAUCCUUAGUUCUACACUUCCCAGAGGUGUGGAAGUGUGGAAAAGUCUGACAAAGUAAGGAUAUUGUCGCACUUUCCCCCAGUCAUGAACCCUUUGUCAUUCUUUACUUAGUUCCACACUUCCCAGAGGUGUGGAAGUGUGGAAAAGUCUGACAAAGUAAGGAUAUUGUCUCACUUUCCCCCAGUCAUGAACCCUUUGUCAUUCUUUACUUAGUUCCACACUUCUCAGAGGUGUGGAAGUGUGGAAAAGUCUGACAAAGUAAGGAUAUUGUCUCACUUUCCCCCAGUCAUGAACCCUUUGUCAUUCUUUACUUAGUUCUACACUUCCCAGAGGUGUGGAAGUGUGGAAAAGUCUGACAAAGUAAGGAUAUUGUCUCACUUUCCCCCAGUCAUGAACCCUUUGUCAUUCUUUACUUAGUUCUUCACUUCUCAGAGGUGUGGAAGUGUGGAAAAGUCUGACAAAGUAAGGAUAUUGUCUCACUUUCCCCCAGUCAUGAACCCUUUGUCAUUCUUUACUUAGUUCUACACUUCCCCGAGGUGUGGAAGUGUGGAAAAGUCUGACAAAGUAAGGAUAUUGUCUCACUUUCCCCCAGUCAUGAACCCUUUGUCAUUCUUUACUUAGUUCUACACUUCUCAGAGGUGUGGAAGUGUGGAAAAGUCUGACAAAGUAAGGAUAAUGUCACACUUUUCCCCAGUCAUGAACCCUUUGUCAUUCUUUACUUAGUUCCACACUUCUCAGAGGUGUGGAAGUGUGGAAAAGUCUGACAAAGUAAGGAUAUUGUCGCACUUUCCCCCAGUCAUGAACCCUUUGUCAUUCUUUACUUAGUUCCACACUUCUCAGAGGUGUGGAAGUGUGGAAAAGUCCGACAAAGUAAGGAUAAUGUCACACUUUUCCCCAGUCAUGAACCCUUUGUCAUUCUUUACUUAGUUCCACACUUCUCAGAGGUGUGGAAGUGUGGAAAAGUCUGACAAAGUAAGGAUAUUGCCGCACUUUUCCCCCUGUUAAGAACCCCUUGUCAUUCUUUACUUAGUUCUACAUUUCGCAGAGGUGUGGAAGUGUGGAAAAGUCUGACAAAGUCAGGAUAAUGUAACACUUUUCCCCUGGUCAUACGAAACCACUGUCAUUCUUUACUUAGUUCUACACUUCGCAGAGGUGUGGAAGUGUGGAAAAGUCUGACAAAGUAAGGAUAUUGUCGCACUUUUCCCCCUGUUAAGAACCCCUUGUCAUUCUUUACUUAGUUCUACACUUCUCAGAGGUGUAGAAGUGUGGAAAAGUCUGACAAAGUAAGGAUAAUGUCACACUUUCCACUGGUCAUACGAAACCACUGUCAUUCUUUACUUAGUUCUACACUUCUCAGAGGUGUGGAAGUGUGGAAAAGUCUGACAAAGUAAGGAUAUUGUCGCACUUUUCCCCCUGUUAAGAACCCCUUGUCAUUCUUUACUUAGUUCUACACUUCUCAGAGGUGUAGAAGUGUGGAAAAGUCUGACAAAGUCAGGAUAAUGUCACACUUUCCACUGGUCAUACGAAACCACUGUCAUUCUUUACUUAGUUCUACACUUCUCAGAGGUGUGGAAGUAUGAAAUAGUCUGACAGAGUCAGGAUAUUGUCGCACUUUCCCCCCAGUCACGAAUCCCUUGGCAUUCUUUCCUUAGUUACACUCCUAUGUAUGAAAUGAGAAUAAAGCGCAGUGGGAGUAUUUGUUGGUUUUAUUCCUGCAACUCGUUUUACAUCUUUUUAAAUGCUAUUUUAAGUUUAGACAACAAUUCUAUGACUAGAAGAUAUUAGCCUUGUUUCACUGCCAUCUGUUUGAAUACCCGACUAUAAAACAAGCCUACGUUUUCUCUGUCACGAAGUCCCCGUCAGUCUUUUACCUUCGUUUAUUUAUUUAUUUAUUUUUCAAGGGAAACCUCAACAACGUCAUCUCAUCCAUGGAUUUUUAUGUUUGAAAUUUUUCAUCUUAAUGUGCCAUAUAUGAGACGUCUUAUUCUGGGUUUUUCUCCUUCCUAUAGAUCUAUUCGGCUGACUCAAUGUCGUACCCAAUUCAAACCUUUUGGGUAUAAAACGUUUUGGUUUAGGAAUUUCCAUAUCAUUUAAAUGUGAAUGCCACAUUAUAACGCAAAUACAAUACACAAAGAACCUUAACCCCGGGAGCUUUUAAUUGGGUACAACAGUCAGGUCUCUUAAGAUCGUGACAACGCUAAAAAUAGGCAGUAAAGAAUGCAGAGUAUGUGCGUUCUAUCUUCCUCGCUUUAAGAUCAACUUGAUAAAGUUUAUAAAUGUUCAAAUCAAUUCUUGUUGUUCUAUUCCUUCAUCACGUUCAUGACCUAAAUUGAUCUAAAAAUAUACAGCAUUCUGUAUAAAGUAAUAAUUGUGACUUAUCGGCCUAGAGUAGCUACCUGCAGAUCUCUCUGCGGAAGAGGGGGAUCACUGUUUACUUGCGUGUUAUAGGGUUGGCAAUAUUUAUGUUAUCUCUGCGGCACGUGACAAUACUAAAAUAUUUGCAUGGUCCACCCUCCUCUUCGUCUUUAGAGAGUCACCCUUAGGUGAAUUCUUUUUCGAUGUUUCUUGGCCUCGAGCCGCUCGCCUCCGAGCGUGGUGUUGCUUCUUUUUCAUAAUUUAUGUCCAGCAUUUACAUAACCUUAGAGAAGAGGAAAAACUGCGAAACAGUGGAUAUAUGGCGUGAUCUAACAAUUAUCAAAUUUGAACCCGUACUGAUAAGGAUGAAAGCUUGGUUGGAGAUCGGAUUUCUUAACUUGAAGUUUCUUUCAACAGCUGGCAUUGAAACAAUGGUUAUAUCUGCUAUUCAAAAUAAAAUAGUUCAAAAUAAAUAGUUCUAAAGAAAAAAUGUAAAAAACCAUACAGAAAUAAAACCAAGUGCUCAUAAAGCGCACUGAGCUUCUCGUGACUCAGGGAAAGUGCAACAUUAAACUCAACUUGUCACACUAUUCUACCCUUCCACACCUCCGAGAAGUGUGGAACUAAGUAAAGAAUGACAAGGGGUUCUUAACAGGGAGAAAAGUGCGACAAUAUCCUUACUUUGUCAGACUAUUCCACAGUUCCAGACCUCUGAGAAGUGUGGAACAAGGUGAAGAAUGACAAGGGGUUCAUGACUGGGGGAAAAGCGCGGCAGUAUCCUUAGUUUGUCACACUAUUCCACACUUCCACACCUCUGGGAAGUGUAGAACUAAGUAAAGAAUGACAAGGGGUUCUUAACAGGGGGAAAAGUGCGACAAUAUCCUUACUUUGUCAGACUUUUCCACACUUCCACACCUCUGAGAAGUGUAGAACUAAGUAAAGAAUGACAAGGGGUUCUUAACAGGGGGAAAAGUGCGACAAUAUCCUUACUUUGUCAGACUUUUCCACACUUCCACACCUCUGGGAAGUGUAGAACUAAGUAAAGAAUGACAAAGGGUUCAUGACUGGGGGAAAGUGAGACAAUAUCCUUACUUUGUCAGACUUUUCCACACUUCCACACCUCUGGGAAGUGUGGAACUAAGUAAAGAAUGACAAAGGGUUCAUGACUGGGGGAAAGUGAGACAAUAUCCUUACUUUGUCAGACUUUUCCACACUUCCACACCUCUGAGAAGUGUGGAACUAAGUAAAGAAUGACAAAGGGUUCAUGACUGGGGGAAAGUGAGACAAUAUCCUUACUUUGUCGGACUUUUCCACUCUUCCACACCUCUGAGAAGUGUGGAACUAAGUAAGAAGUGAAGAAACUCUGGAUUUCAUGGCCAGGGCUGGACAUGGCUCCACCCCCCACCCCUCUCUCCAUCUUCUCUUUCUUUUAAAACCCUCUCCCUGUCAAGUUGAAGGGGAAUCAGAUCCAGCAAAACUGAUCAGUGGUGAUUCAAGCUCUGUAAAUUUAUCAAAGAACCAAAUUUGGAACACUUGAAAGCUCAUGUUCAGUUUAUUCGAUGUGAUGAUUUUUUUAUUUAAUGGGAUAAUAAAACAAAAUAUUUAGGGCACGGCUUUUAAUGAGAAAUAUUUGAAAUAAUCGCCAACUAUUAUUCGAAGAAAUACGGUACUAACACAAAGAGGCCAAUACAGUGCGAAAAAUGUAUCAGUAAUCCCGAUUUAAUGAUAAAAAAAGGAUUUUUAAACAGGCGUAUGUGCGUAUAUGGACGCUACGCUCCUCCAAACUUGCAGGACCGUUCUACGCUGCAACGUUACUGUGUCGCACUGUGUGUGAAAAGUAAAGUGUUCGUCAUUCAAUUUAAAAAAUGUGUUAAUUCAUUUUAGGAUGACCUAUUUAAAGGAUUGAUAAAGUAGAUACAUGAAUAGAAAGUGACAAAUUGGGAUCGCGAAAAUUACUUUUGAUUAAGAUGGGGUCUAUAAUUAGCUAUACAAUAGACCAUAAUGGGGUAUGGGCUCUGAGAGGCCAGCGGCACAAACUGACAGCAAGGGGAGAAAUCACUGUACUGUGGAUAAGUAUCGGGGAAACCAAUUGCCUCAUUCACUGGGCAGAGAUCAUGGAUAGCACUGACGACAAAGGCCAGUUCAAAAGCCGUACAUGGCCCGCAUCGACCGCCAGGACUUUCUUCUUUACAGACUAGGGAGCUAGUCCUGGUGUCAGUAGGCCUUUUUGAGAGCAUAAAACAGUUGUACAAACUGUAAUCCACUGUUGUCCUUUAUGUACCAAAUUAUCUAACAGGGAUGGUCAUUCUGAAAUCAUGUUUCGCGAUAUAUGUUUAAAAUGCAUUUUAGAAACCGACGAGCCACGGGAACAAGCCCAAGAAGGAAACGAAAACCCAGCAACAAUUCAAGGCGCCUGCGGGACUUCUGCAAAUGCAAACCGAGGUAACUGAUGUAACACACCUUAAACAAAACAUGGGUUCAAAAGGAAGAGACCGGCAUCAGGGCCAAACUUUAAAACAGUGUGGAUUGUUUGGAUUCAAGAGACUUAAUAUCCAUAACCCGUCUUGCUGGAUUUUGGGUGUAACUAAAAUCUGCUAUUUGUUUAGAGGUUCUGUAAAAGUAACAAUUACUGAACUCGGCUUUCGUAUCAUCUGAAGAAUUAUGGAGAUCGAGGAGGGUGUUUCCACCUCAGCGGUUUUAUUAUUCAUCCAAAAUAAUUCCUAGUUUAAAAACAGGCUAAAACAUGCUUGUAAACCUCUAUCGAUGUUAAGUUCAUCUUCGAUAGUACAUGUUUAUCGGCACGUUUAGGAGACUAGGGUUGUUCAGUGCUGCAAAUAUUCUACAAAUAGGAGAGAUUGUCUUCUAGCUGUUUAUGCUGUGUUCUUAGCCAAACGUUCGCCUAUUUCUCCAUUGUGAAACGAGUAAAAUAUUCCGCCAUUUUGUAUCACUACCAAAAUAACUGAACCUCGUCCCCAGAUUUUCUCGGUUAACGGUUCAAUAAUUUGGCAAUUUUUGCUGCACCAUUGACGUCAUCGGUUCAAUAUCGCAAAAUUCUUUCAAAUUUGGUCAACGGUAGCUGGUUAUGAUGAACAUGCGUAUAAUUUAAGCCAAUCAGAAUCAGAGAAAUAUUUUGGAUGAAUAAUAACAGCGGUUAUCGCAUCUUAGAGCUGCUCUCUCUAGACUUAAAUGCUUGAGGUUUUACCUCGGAGUUAAUAACAUACCGAGAAAACCUAGGCCACUUUUUUGACGAUGACAGUGAAUAGCGGCGCUGUAACUUUUGAAUAGAAAUUCUAGAGUUGGCGACAUUUGCCAGCCAUUGGUCUUCAUAUACCAGUGAAAGACGUUUAUAGAGUUCGAUAGGAAUUAUGUGCGAGUACCUAUGCAGAAGCUCGUGUUUCUCGGGGUUACCGAUAUGCAGAGUGUCCUUCAGAAGAGCAGAACAUAACGGGUAUUUCCAACUCAAGCACUAACAUUUAGUUCUCAAAUCCCGCCCCGUGAUAUUCGCCAUUUUUUUUCGCUUUAGUGUGUAUUGAGUUUCUCUUUCUUUUAUUCAGAAGUUGACCAUCUCAACAAACAAGGUAACAAAGGACGCGGGCGAGGAGCACCGUUGAGGCGUGGAAAGGAACGGGUGACGCCAUCAAAAGGAAGAGGAAAGCAUUCAGGUGGGAGAAAAUAUAAACUACCCGUUCCUGCUUGGAACAAUCUCCUCAUACGACUUUUGAUUGUUUCUAACAUCUGAAAUUCACUAAUUAUAAGCGUCGCACUUUUUGUGGAUUAAGUAUGCCAAGCAAAACAGUGAGUCCAUAGGAUUAGCCUGCAAUGUUCAGGAAGUCCAUUGAAUCUCCAUAAGUCAGGUCAAUAUAUUCAUUAUUUUGUCGUUCUAUUGUGUUGAGUUUAUUGUGUUAUUGUUUAAGGGCUAGAGAUCAUUGUUGUGUUCUUUGCGAAGUAACUCGAGACUUGCUAUUCACUUGGUAUAUGGUGCACCAGCCAUAAGUCAGUUUUCCGAGAUAGGAGUCUCUAGACUUACGCUGAAAAGAGCAUUAACGUAAGAAGCAACCAGCAAUACCAUUCAACAGGAAAACAGCUUGUAUUUGUUAUCUUAUGUCUGCGCAUUCUUUUAAUGCACUUAGUUAAUACCUCCGUCCAGUGUAACAAGCCAGGACCCGGGGAAGGGGGGGGGGGAAGGGGGGCGGGGGAAGGGGGGCGGGGGGGGGUUACGUGGGUUAGUUUUUGCUAGAUAUGUGCCGCUGACCUCUCAGAGACCCUACCCCGUCAUAGUCUAUUCUGUGGCCAAUUAUAGACCCCGUCUUAGUCACUUUUAGGCAAAUAUGUAAUUUUCGCGAUCCCAACUUAUUCACUUUCUACGUAGGUAUCUAUCUUAUCAAUCCGUUAAAUAGGUUAUCGUAAAACAUGAAUUGGCCCCUUUUUCACGUACAGUACAAACAUUCUGGUACACGUUUGCUAACCGUAAAUAUGAAGAACUCUCUAACCCCCAAAAGAUCCGAAAAUGUGCGACCCAUUCUAGUAACUCUGUUGAUAAUGGGACCCCAUUAUAUUCAAUCCAGGCGUGAAAAUGCGACCCCAUCAAGCGGCACAUCCCCAUUAGCCUCUUAAAAGGAAGUUCCCCCCCCCCCCACCCGGGGGUCCAGGACCUAGCAAACUGUUUUGUACAAGUCUCUUUGAUUCUAUGGAAGAAGGUUGGGUACACUUUGCUUGUGAGUCACUCAAGAAAUAAUUGCGUUUUUUAACACAGAUAAAACAAACCAAGCUCAAAGACCUGGAAGGCCAGGUCUCGUGAACAAAAAUCCUGGCUCAUCGGCACAACAGAAUCGACGGCCCUCCGCACGUGAAUUGUUGUCAGGAAAACACGUCUUCCUCGACCCCAAAGCUUUAAAAUCAAAGGAUAGUACAGAGAUAGUCCACACGCUGAACGAGGGCAUGCCUCGUUUAAAGUUUCUUCUUCGAUCACAAGAUCAGCAGCACAACAGCGACGAAUUCAUCUGUGACCUUACUUCUACUUUGGGAAAGGCCUGCAGAGUUCCACCAGGUGAAAAUAUUAACAAGAUUCUAGCCACACUUAAAGGCUCCGCUUUCUUUUAUUCAAAAAUUCCCAGUUUACUUGAUCGCCUUCAAGAGUCAGCGGCCUUAAAUGACCAGGUAUCUCAACAACAGUUCAUUGAGCAUCUCAUUGAAAUCUUCAUGAAGUACCUGACACAUUUGCCAAGUUCAUAUGCUGACCUACCCUACACUCAACUGAAAGCAGCCUUAGACCAGUCAGGUGUUGACAAGAAAGAAGAGCUACGGGCAAAGUUAGAUGAAUUCAAGCAAGCCAGAAAUGACGUCAUCAGAAGGGAAAGACAAAGGCAGGGGAAACGCUUUGUUAACAGGGCAGGGGAAAAGCCACCAAACGACUUUAGAGACAUGCCAAUUUGUCCCGAGACCAAAGAAAUCACAACUCAAGAAAGACCAUUUUUACGUGAGAACAUUUCAAAGGGUAGGUACAACAACGCCGAACACUACCUUGAUGUUCAGUUUCGGCUUCUUCGAGAAGACUUUCUUGAGCCACUGAAAGAAGGUAUUAGUGAAAUUGUCCUCAAUAUACCAAGACAUCAGCGCAAACAAUUGAUGAAAAACUACCGCAGCGUACAAAUUGUCGGCAAGGAGUUCACGUGGUCUGGGAUCACUCAUCAAGUCCAAAUCGAUGUUUCUGGCUUAGAUACCAGCAGGUGGGCACAUUCCAAAAGACUCUUAUAUGGUUCAUUCCUAUGUCUUUCAAAAGACAACUUUAAAACGAUGCUUUUCGCGACGGUUUGUGAUCGCGAUCCAAAGAAAGUGAAGAAGGGACGAAUUAACGUCCGAUUUAUCGAAAAUCAAGAUGUUUUUGGGAUCGAGAGACGCAACUGCGUUUACCAAAUGGUGGAGUCCCCCGCCUAUUUCGAAGCCUAUCGCUACGUUCUUAAAGGGUUACAGGAAUUAGACGAAACAACCUUGCCAUUUCAAAAGUAUCUGGUCGAGUGCAGUGGAGAAGUUGACCCACCAGAAUAUCUAAGGCGCGAUGAGAGUGAGGAGCCAGUUUAUUAUGACCUUGGCGAGGCCCUUCAGAUGCUGUAUUUACCAAACACCACAUCAACUGUACCUGUUCUGAGGCCUGAAGCUUGGCCCUCCGUUGAAGGACUUCCUCUCAACAAAUCGCAACUCGAAGCGUUAAAGACAGCAAUUACAACCGAAUUUUCUGUUAUCCAGGGUCCACCAGGGACAGGAAAAACUUACGUUGGUGCCAAAAUUGUGCGUUGCUUGCUCGAUAACAGACGUGCUUGGGAUCCUCAUCAGACAUCACCAAUGCUGAUGGUUUGUUACACAAACCAUGCGCUUGAUCAGUUCUUGGAAAAGGUGCUGGAAUUUUUACCUAGCCGAAAAAUAAUUCGUGUCGGAGGAAGGUCCAAGAGCGAUAAACUUCAGAACUGCAACCUGAAAAAGUUUACUUACAGAUACAGACUGAACGACAGACGUGAAGAAGUGAGGGAGAGGUUGCGACAAAACGACAAAGAAAUGAAAAUGUUAAAGCGACAGCUUGCAAAGGCUGACCACAAACUUUUAGAUUUCGAGGACGUGGAACAACUAAUCAAUCCGGCACAUUUACAGCAGCUGUGUAACGCUAAAUUUCCAUCCAAGGUGGCUAACGAGAGUCGCACUCCGAGCAACACUUUCAAGUUGUGGCUAUGCAACAACAAAGAGAUCGCUUGCAAUCAAAAGGCAGAGGCACCAACCCAUGAAAACUGUGUUGAAAGUGAAGAAAAGGAAUUGUUUUAUGACCCAACUAUAUUCACAGAACCACAAGAUGAAAGUGAAACAUCCCUUGGAGAACCUUUAGCAGCAGUUAAUGUAACGGCAUUUGACGUAGCUAAACCCGAUUUUCAGCAGGCGAUGAAAUUCUCAGAACCAUUAGCAGCGGUUAAUGUAUCAAACGAAGUAGCUAAAGCCGAUCUUCAGCAGAAGAUUAGCAUCUCAGAGCAAAGAGAGGUAAACAAAAACUUGUAUGAGGGUGAAUUACUGAGUGAUUUGUCAGAAGAACAAAGAAGUACCUUCCUGAGUGAACAGAUGGAAAUCAGGGCUUAUCAAGACGUUUCUCAAUUAAACAACAGUUGUUUGGAACAAACGGCCUCAAAAGAAGGUGUUGAUUUCAUUCAAGGGACUGAAAACCUUGAAGUAGAGGGCAAACCUAGUGAUGGAAAUGCUGAUGAAAAACGAGAGGCGGAUGAAGAAACUAUUGCAAUAGAGAGGGAAGCGGAUUUGAUACAGCAACAAAGAUGGAUAGAGGGUGAUGAAGAUCUUCUGCUACCUAUAUCAAAAGAAACAUGUGGCUUAAUGAGUGAAGAACAACAAAAACGAGGGACAAAUAAGGCAAAUGACGAAGACGAAUGGACACUUGUCACGCAUAAGAAAAAAGGCCAGUCACAUUUCUGGAUGCCAAAUGACGCAGAUAAUUCUAAAGAGGACGGCAAAUUGGAUGAGGAAAAGGGAGGAACAACGUCUUCAAAGAGAAAGGAAAAAGGCCAGUCACAUUUUUGGACGCUAAACGACGGGGAAAAUUUUGCAGAGGACGGCAAAGUAAAUGACGAGGAAACAAGGGAAACAAUGUCUUUAAAGAAAAACGUUAUUACGGAGGAUAUUAACUCUAUACGUAAAGACCUAAGCAAAAGAGAAAUGAUGUCCACCGAGGAAGCGUUUGGCAUUCAAAGCAUCUGGGAUAUGUCACAAUCAGAUCGACUCCGACUAUACCUCUUCUGGAUUGAAAACUACCGUGAACACUACAGGGUAGAAAUUCACCAUGCUGAACGGGCACAUGAACAGCUUUGCGAAGAAUUAAAGGAAGUCCAAUUUGAGGAGGAUGGGCAAGUCAUCCGUCAGGCGACCGUUGUUGGAAUGACAACCAGUGGGGCGGCGAGAUAUCACUCAGUUCUUCAAAAGAUAGCUCCUAAAAUCGUUGUUAUCGAAGAAGCUGCCGAGGUGAUGGAAGCCCAUAUUAUCACUUCUCUUUCGCACAACACCAAACACACAAUUCUCAUUGGAGAUCACAAACAACUCCGCCCCAAAGCGACUGUUUACGAAUUGGCCCGGAAGUACAACCUGGAAGUCUCACUCUUUGAGCGAAUGGUAUUGAACAGCAUGGAUUGUAAACGCUUAUCUAUACAGCAUCGCAUGCGUCCUGAGAUUGCCACAUUAACAAAAAGAAUUUAUGAUCACGAAAUUGUAGAUCACGAUUCAGUUUGCAAUUUCCCGCCAAUAUCUGGCCUUUGCCACAAUCUCUUCUUCAUUGAUCACUGCCAACCCGAGAAACUAAUAGGAGGUUUACAGAGUUACUCUAACAAUCACGAGGCUGAGUUCUUAGUGGCCCUUUGCGAGUACCUUCUACGCCAAGGAUACCAACGAAACCAGAUCACUAUUCUAACCAUGUAUACUGGUCAGUUGCUGCUUCUUCAAGAGAAAAUGCCAAGACGAGCUUUCGAAGGAAUUAAAGUUUGUUCAGUUGACAACUUUCAAGGUGAAGAAAACGACAUCAUUCUUUUGUCGCUAGUAAGAAGCAACUCUGAAGGUCGCAUUGGCUUUUUAGGCGACUCCAACAGAAUAUGUGUCGCGUUGUCACGUGCCCGCCAAGGCUUUUACUGCAUUGGAAACUUCAAUCUACUGACAAGCCAAUGCAAGCUUUGGAAGGAGAUCUGUGAUGAUUUAAAGACAAAAGAAGCCAUCGGUGAGAAUCUACAGUUGAUUUGCAAGAGACACAACAAUGUAACGAAUGUAAGAUGGGCACGCCAGUUGAAACAGUGUGAACUUGGAGGAUGUACAAUGCCAUGUAGAGACCGCCUAGAAUGUGGCCAUGCGUGCGACAAGCUAUGUCACGUCUUGUACGUUUACCACGUACUGUGCUACAAAAUGUGCUUUAAUUCGUGUCCCAAUGGUCACAAAUGUCAUGACAUGUGUCAUUACCCAAGAGAGUGUCCCAAGUGCUCCGUUCUUGUGCGAAAGACGCCUGCCUGUGGUCACGAACAAUCCAUAAGGUGCAGCGUUGACCCAGAUGACAUCUCCUCUGGAUUCAAAUGCGAGAAGAAGGUCAUAAAAAUUCUCCCGUGCGGACACAACAAUCUUAUGAAAUGUUACAAAGAUCCCAUCAUUUACAGCGACUGCACCAACAGUUGCACGAAAGUUUUAGACUGCGGCCACACUUGCUCUGAGAGAUGUAUGCAGGAAUGCCAAUGUGCCACCAUGAUAGAAAUUCAAUUGCCAUGUAACCACAGGAAAAAAGUAUUGUGCCGAGAAAAAAAUAAUUCAAUCGUGUGUAAAGAAAAGUGCGAACGAGCCUUGAAUUGUGCGCACGCAUGCCCUGGAAUCUGCCAUGAAGAAUGUGCAAGGAAUCUAUGCAAGACCGAAGUUUUGAAAGACCUUCCAUGUGGCCACCAAAAAAUUGUUCGCUGCUUCCAAGAUCCCCGAAACGUAUUUUGUUCUUCUCUAUGUCAACGACUUCUGAAUUGUGGUCAUAAGUGUCCUUUGGUGUGUGGUCGUUCGUGCCAGGAAAUUCGGUGUAAAGAGUUGUGUCAAAAGAGAUGCCAAAGAGACCACCCCUGUCGAAGGCAAUGCCACUUCGGUUCACCCUGUUAUGAGUGCACAGUGCCAGUGAAUGCGACGUUCCCCACGUGUGGUCACAACGUUAAAGUGCCUUGUUUUAUUAACCCAGCUACACUGACAUGCAAUGAGCCAUGUGAAAGAUUGAGAGUCUGUGGACACCCCUGCAAAGACAUAUGCGGCAUAGACUGCGAAACUCGACCGUGUCAGACACCUGUAACCAGGCUAUUAUCAUGCAAACAUGUUGUGGCUCUAGCUUGUCACAAAAAUACUGAAACGUUCAUUUGCAAAACUAAAGUUGACGUACUUUUGCCAUGUGGACAUACGACUUCGUUGGAAUGUCAUGUCGCAAAAGUAGGGUUAAACGAUGUUUUAAGCAUGGAAAAGGUAGGAAACGAAUUGCGUUGCGGCCAUAAAGUCAACCUUCCACAGUAUUGCUUCCAAGAAAAGGUGGAAAUCACACUUUUUUGCGGACGGAAGAAGUUUACAACAUCCUCUAGGAAGCAAGAACAAUUUCAGAGUGGAAGAUGUAACGCUAAGGUGAAGAGAAGACUACCUUGUGGUCAUGAAAAGGAGAUGCAAUGUUCAGAUAAAGGAGACAGAGUAUUCUGCGAUGAAAAGUGUGAACGCAUUCUCCCAUGCAAACACUCAUGCGGAAAAAGAUGUGGUGAUGACUGUGCAAGCUUUAGAUGUGUCGUCUGGGUUAAAAAGGUUUUGAGUUGCGGGCGCCAUGAUGUCAGUUGCUUUUGUUCUGAGGAUGUUUCCCAACGUAUUUGUUCAAAUCCGUGCACUCGGAGUUUGCCUUGUGGCCACCAACAAAUUGUUCGUUGCUCCCAAGAUCCCCAUACCGUAUUUUGUUCUUCACCCUGUCAAAGACAGCUUAUUUGCGGUCACAGCUGUCCUUCUCCGUGUGGCCGUUUGUGUCAAGAAGUUCAGUGUAAAGAGUUGUGUCGAAAGAAGUGUCCCAGAGGUCACCCCUGUCAAAGGCAAUGCCACUUUGGUUCAUCCUGUUAUGAGUGCACAGUGCUAGUGAAUGCAAAGUUUCCCACAUGUGGUCACAACGUUAAGGUGCCCUGUUUCAUUAACCCAGCUACACUGACAUGCAAUAAGCCAUGUGAAAGAUUGAGAGUCUGUGGACACCCCUGCAAAGACAUUUGCGGCGUAGACUGCGAAACUCGUUUAAGCCUGGAAAAGGUAGGAAAAGAAUUGCGUUGGGGCCAUAAAGUCACCCUUCCAUUCUACACAAACCCCGCACAGCAUUGCUUCCAAGACAAGGUGGAAAUCACACUCUUUUGCGGACACAAGAAGUUUACAACAUGCUCUAGGAAGCAAGAACAAUUUCAGAGCGGAAGAUGUAACGCUAAGGUGAAGAGAAGACUACCUUGUGGUCAUGAAAAGGAGAUGUACUGUUCAGAUAAAGCAGACAGAGUUUUCUGCGAUGAACCGUGUGAACGCAUUCUCCCAUGCAAACACCCAUGCGGAAAAAGAUGUGGUGAUGACUGUGCAAGCUUUAGAUGUGUUGUCGGGGUUAAAAAGGUUUUGAGUUGUGGGCGCCAUGAUGUCAGUUGCCUUUGUUCUGAGGAUGUUUCCCAACGUAUUUGUUCAAAUCCGUGCACUCGGAGUUUGUCUUGUGGCCACCAGUGUCCUGGAAAAUGCUAUGAAAGAUGCAGUGAGUAUAAGUGCCAAAUGUUGGUUGUUAAGAAUCUACCUUGUGCAGGAAACCACUCUCUGAAAAUGUUUUGUAACGACGACCCCAGUAUCGUGGAAUGUCGAGCGCGUUGUGAUCGCAAACUAGAGUGUGGUCAUCGAUGCCCUGGAUUUUGUAGUCAAGCCUGUGGAGCAAUCAUUUGUAGACGUAAGGUGGUGAAGGAAUAUGGUUGUGGCCAUAAACAACAAGUACGUUGCUUUGAACGUAAAACUGUUAUUUGCAAAGCACCUUGUGCACGUCAAGAAAGAUGCACACACAAGUGUAAGGGGUUCUGCGGGCAGCCCUGUUCCAAAUAUCCCUGCAAAGUUCUUUUGGUUAAGACCUUGCCGUGUGGUCACGAGGUUAAGAUGCCUUGUAGCUUAUCUAUUGAUGAUGUACAAUGUCUUGAUUCUUGUAAAGCUCAGCUGCCGUGCGGUCACGAAUGUACUGGAACUUGUUGGGAGUGCAAGCAAAGGGGAUCACAUGAAAUAUGCCAACAUCCUUGUAGCCGAGUUCUCGUUUGUUCGCACCGUUGUCAAGCAACGUGCGGCAGGCCAUGCCCACCUUGUGUUAGAAAAUGCAGUCGACGUUGCCCUCACAGUAAAUGCCCCGAACAGUGUUUACAACCAUGCAGACCAUGCAUAAAACCAUGUACUUGGAUUUGCCCCCAUUACCAGUGCAAUAAUCCAUGCGGGGAGGAAUGCGAUCGCCCACGAUGUGAUGCCCCCUGCCCCAAGAAGCUCCCUUGUCGCCACCCUUGCAUUGGUCUGUGUGGAGAAAACUGUCCCACUGUGUGCGCCAUUUGCCACUCUAAAAAGCUCUCGUCCAUGAUUGGCCAAGGAAAUUUUAAAGCAACAGAAGCUACAAGAUAUCUGCAGCUUUUAGAUUGUGGUCAUAUUGUAAAUGUUCAAGAGAUGGACGAAUGGAUGCUGCGUGAUAUGGGAAGUGAUGUCAAUCACAUUCAGUGUCCUAGAUGCUCCACACCGAUUACGUUCAGUUAUCGCUAUGGAAAUAUCGUCAAGAGGACCCUGAGAAACAUGGAAAAUGUUAAGAAACAAACACGUGACAUUAGAAAUGAAACCACCAGGUUUACCAGAGAGAUUCUGAGUAAACUGCGUCUCCCCCCAGAAGGAAUUCUGACUGUAGCUAGGAAACUGUCAGGACGUCUAGGCUCAACGGGGUUGUAUAACGUACAAAUGCAGGACAUUCCCUUUGUUUUUACUCUGAGAAACAGCCUUCUUAUCAUCCAUCAAAUUGAGAAAGCGUAUCUCAUUUUGCAAGCAGUUGGAAAAUGUCAAGAUCAGCUGCAGGUAACAGAUCACUCGAGAGCCAUCAAAGAUGCUUUAGAAAAGAUCUCAGAUUACCUCACGAUCCCUCAGUUUGAUUUGGCAACUUUGAGACAAUUGUAUGAACAUACAAGAACGUUUACCAUUUUCGCUUCCAUUUUAGAAGCUCAAUGCCAAGUCAUCACUUGCGGCGGAUCUUUUUCCAGCAUUGGGGUAUCAUGUUUGAAAAAUGCUCAAGAAAGGUUCGAAUUAUUCAUUAAAGGGAACAGUAAUAUCCUUCAAAACGAUUGGCUAGAAAAAAUCGCAGCUUCUUUGAGAAACGAGGUCGGCCUUCUACCCCUUCCACCCGAGGAACCCAAGACUGAAUUCAAGAACUUCCCAGGCUAUAACACCAGUGUGUGGAAAUUGUGCAAACUGCAUGGUCAAGUGUAUCUUACCACAUCAUUUAUGCGUGAAGGAGAGGAUGUGACCGCGAUAAGUGGUUGCAGACAAUGCGAUGGCACAGAUGACACUGACGAAAAUACUGGAUAGGAGUCGGAGGAGUGGCAAGUCAUCAUGCAGUCAUCGGAGAGGAAAACUGUUUUAAGCACAAGUUGCAGUCACGAUGACGGCUUUUUAGAAAACCCUGCAAAUGAGAGCAUUCUCAUCAACUUAACAAAGUUUUUACAUCUAAAAUGUUAACUAGUGGUACCAAACUGAUUAUUCAAGCCUCCACAGGGCUCGACCAACCUACCGUAAAAUUGCGAAAAUAAGCCCCGUCCAUGUAUAAACCCUCCAAAUAUAGCCCCCCGAACUCAUAACGCCAAAAAAAACCUCCGAUAAAUCGCCCCUCCAAAUACAGGCCUCCGGGGACUUGUACUCGGAAACUUCCCUCAAAUUCAAAAUAAAGCAAAGCAAAAACUGUAAGGUAACACAUAAAUGUCUGCAUGUGCCAAAUAACUGUUACGUAUGCCAAAUGACUGCAGUCAAAAAAUGUCACAGUAUAGUACUGUUUGCGUAGUUCACUCAUCAGUCUUGACUUGGAUUUCCUCGGUGCACAUAGACAAAGUAAUUGCAUGGCUGAGGUUUAGAAAGAUCUGCGUCCUCAAGGCGAGUUUUAGUAAAAACUUGCUGCAGGUUCAGGGCCGUAGCUGGAUUUUUGUAACAGGGAGGCAUUAUCGCGACUGCCGAAGGCACGAAUCUUGUAGGGGGUUCUGGGGGUAUUCUCCCCCCCCCCCCCAAAUUUUCAAAUUUAGAGAGUCCGAAUUGCUAUUUUCAGUACUUGCUAUGAGAUAUGUCUCCGAAAAAUCGACCUCGAAUAAGUGCUUUUUUCUGAGGUCCUAUUAAAUUGAAGCACACCGUAUAUCCAAGGACUAGUUCACUAAACAUUUCACAAUACUACGUGAUGAAACCUAUAAAAAAAUGUCUCCAGUUUGAUUUUCGUUCCUCUGGUGUAUGUAGUUGGUUUCACGAUGAAUAAGCAUCAUUGCGAGGCCACCCGAACGUGUCCGUAGCUUCAGAUGACGCAGAGAAGAGAAGGAUCUUUCACAAGAAACACUACCAACUGGUGUGGUGAGGAAAAUUGUAAGGACUUUGUAGAGUGCUGGGAACUAUUUGCACACAUGGCAGACCAACCAAUUUCUGGGCCAUGAAAAUGGCAAACUAUUGAAAGUCUCAAGAAAAUAAAUCCAUCCACAGAAUUAAUUUGUCUGGCUCAACAGGUCCGGGGGGGGGAGUGGUAGCUCCUGCCCCUUGCUAGCUACGACUCUAAAAUUACUGACAUGAAUUUCCUUCCAACUAUAAGCUAGCCCAAUUGAGAUGCAUAUUUCCCUCCUAGUAUAAGCCUAGCUGAUUUUGAAACGCAAAUUUUCCUCUGUAUAUAUAAGCCCUUCAAAAAGGGCCUUUGGAAAAUAGAAGCCCCGGGGCUCAUUUUCGGAAUUGUACGGUAUACCAUUUAUGAUUUAACCGGUAUUAAUUCAGUAUUUUCUUGACAAAAUGACCCUCUUGCAUGAGUAACCUAACAGUUUUAAUCCAAAGUAAAGUACAGCAGUAAAAGUUACCGCCAGAUCACGCAUUACCAAAGCCAGACGUCUCUUAGUAAAGGCUACGUAGAGCUAAUCCU